AUGUCUGACAUCUCUGAGGAGGAGUUGAAGUACCUUGCGGAAAACGCAGACCGCAUCGUCCCUUACAUACCUCCCGGAUACUUUGCUCGUAUUAACGCAAAGGCCAAGGCUGACCGCGAGCGCAAGAAGGAGGAGGAAGAGGAGAACAACAAAAAGAAGAACGCCGAGGAGAAGAAUGACGAGGGGGAUAACAACGAGGACAUGAACGACGAGGAGGGGAACGAGAAGAACGAAGGCUGGGGAGGAUAUCCACAUGAAGGCGCUCCCAUCAUCUUCCACCUCUCUCACUUCGACUACGACAAGGACGGAAAUCUCGUCCCUCGCGUGGGACCCAAGACCCUUGCCCUCCAUUACGACGAAGAAACCGGAGACUAUGUUGGCGAGGUGAUCGCUAAGGUCGAGCCGGAGGAGGUUGAAGAGCAGGAGGUCGAGCAGGAUAAGGCCAAGGAGCAGACGAAGCAGCUCUCCUCCAAGCCCGUCCACCAGCGCAAGCCGAGAACCAACCUCUCCCUCCUCAAGCCGAUCCCCGCCUUCCCAGGAUACAAGGACCCCGACCUCCGAAUCAAAGAAGACUGGACCUUGCCCGUUGACCAGGUCGACUGGAAGGCACUUCACUAUCGCGAGGUCAUGCGAUCCAGAGAGAUGGGAGAGUGGCAUCGCUCUCAGUACAAGCUCGCCGUGAAGGACCGCAAGAAGGUCUGGAAGAAGGCAUCGCGCCGCCUGAAGGAGGGUCGCGGCGUCGUCAUGACGGAGGUCGUCCAGGAACCCGACCAGCUGGAGGUUUGA